GCGACCGUCAUUUGACGUAAACUGAAAGCGCGCGCGAAACUCCAAGGAGUGCACUCACUUGUGUGUUUGUUUCCAACUUUAACUCACUUUUUCACCGCAUUUUAAGCUGUUUACACAUUUUAUUUUCGGGUAUGGAUAUUCCAGUAGCACCCUGUCGUGUUCACAGUGGAUAGUUUAUUGAGUAUUCAUCGCCUUUUCUCGCAUUUUGACGGAAUUCUGGAAGUCGUCGUCCACAGUUUGGUACGGUGAAUGUGCUGUAACUGAACUUUAAGCUAACGUUAGCUUGCUCGUGUGUAGCCGCAUGUCACAGAGCUCCAGGCGGUGUUGUGGUUGGUAGUACGAAGAUGACAGCCCUGUUACAGCAUUCAGGGUACGAGGAGGAGAGGUUGCAGAGGGUGGCAGAGCUGCUGCCCUGCAGGGAGGUCCAGGCGGGGAUGCUGCUGUCGCUCAUGGGACAGCCCCAGCAAUGCAGCUACCCAUCAAUCUUCAUCUAUGGUCAUCGGGCUUCAGGGAAGAGUCAUGUGAUGCAAGUUCUGCUGAGGGAACUUGAGCUUCCUCACGCCACAGUCAGCUGUGUCGAAUGUGUUUCUGUCGCGUUGCUGUUUGAACAAGUGCUGCUGUCCUUCUUUGGCUGUGAUGCCGCCUCGCUGCUCCCCCGCAGUCCCUCCCUGUCUGACUUUGUACGCAUCUACAGACAGCACUGCUCCCAGACUCCUGCCAAGCAGACGCGAUACAUUGUGAUGGAAAAAGCUGAGCUUCUGAGAGACACCGAUGCCAAUCUCCUCCCUGCUCUGCUGCGUCUUCAGGAAUUGGUGGACGACAACGUCACCGUCAUCCUGCUCAGUGAAAUCGUCUGGGACAAGUUCAGACCGAACACCGGCUGCUUCGAGCCCCUUCUGCUCCAUUUCCCUGACUACAGUAAAGGUGAGCUGCAGCAGAUUUUGUCCCAGGACAAACAUCCGUCAUAUUCGGCAGAGUUUUACUCCUCCUACAUCAACAUCCUGCUGGGAGUGUUUUACUCGGUCUGUCGGGACCUCAGAGAGCUUCGCCACCUGGCUGCCCUAAACUUUUCAAAGUUCUGUGAGCCGCUGGCAGAGGGAAAAGUAAAAGAAACUGACACCCACAAGCUCUGGAGAAACAUCGAGCCUCAUUUGAAAAAAGCAAUGCAGACUGUUUACCUGAGAGAAGUGUCAAGUCUUCAGUGGGAGCAGCUGCAGCAAAUGGAGGAGAGGGAGUGUGGAGCCUUGAGAGGUUUAUCUGCUCACACUCACGUUGAACUGCCUUAUUACUCCAAGUUCCUGUUGAUUGCUGCCUACCUGGCGUCCUACAACCCUGCUCGCACAGAUAAACGCUUCUUCCUAAAGCACCACGGUAAAAUAAGAAAAACAAACUUCAUGAAGAAAAAUGAAAAGACAAGUAACCACCUUCUGGGACCAAAGCCCUUCCCUCUUGACCGCCUGCUCGCCAUUUUCUACAGUGUGGUUGACAGCAGAGUCGCCCCCACUGCCAGCAUCUUCUCCCAGAUCUCCUCUCUGGUGACCUUACAGCUGUUGACUAAGGUCAGUCACGAUGACCAGCUUGACGCUCCAAAGUACAAAUGUGCCGUAUCUAUGGACUUCAUCUGUGCCAUAUCCAGGACGGUGAAUUUUGAGAUCAUCAAGUACCUGUACGACUUCCUGUGAGCUGCUGUGAAUAAAGUACAGAUGAAGAACUGUGACAGUAAGACAAAAGGAGGAUUUACAUACUUAAGGAGGAGAAAAUGGCAAAAUGAGGCGCUCAGAUUCUUGUUGAGAAUUUUGUGGAGGAAAAUUAAUCCAAUUAUGUCACUGCCCCCUUGUGGUGCAUCAAUGAGCUUAUAUGUAUUUUCUUCUAAAGUCUGUUAACCAUGUUAAAUAUUUGUAUUUCUAUUAAAUAAAUGCCAUAUUGGCAAGUUGCUUAAUUUUUUUUUUCAUUUAUUUGCUUUGUAUGUAAAAGAAACAUCCAGCUUUGUUGUAGUAGGAGAGUCUGAACUGCUUCAAAUAAGGAGAGAAAAAUAAACAGUGCAGGUUUAACA